CAUAUAAAAGUACCGGCUGGCAAAGCUCAUGACAUCUGAGGGUGUGAACGACAGACAGGAGAGAGAGAGCAAGAAAGAGAGGCAUAUUUUGCUAUAUUCAUUUGACAGCUGUUUACCAUGCUGGAUCAACAUGCCAGACAUCACCCUCCUCCUCCUCUGUCAUAGCCUGACUACCCCUCCUCCACUUAUUCCUUGCCCUUCCUCCUCUUCCCAAAGUUGAGUGUGAGGGGAAGGAGGGAGGGUCUGAGCCUGGCGCCAGUACUUAGCAGAGUGAGAGAGGGAGGGGAAGUGCAGUGCCUCCUAGACUCUCCAGGCUAAAGAGAGCCUAGGGGCAACAGGGCAGCCUAAGGGGCAAAAGGACUGCUUAGGGGCAACAGAAGAGUCCUGUUUGGCAUGGCUCUGUUUCUGGAUAGCUCCCAGGCCAUGGGGACCGUGGGGGCCUAUUACUGCUUGAUCCGGAGGAGGUUCAAGAGGAGGCGCAAGAAACGCUCUGAGCGCAAAGGUCGAGCUGGUGUGAAGCAGCCCCGUAACCAGCCAAGGUUCUUCACCAUGGAGGGAGAUGAAGAAGAGAGCAUGAGAUUGACCUUGAGAACGUGUCAUCAGACUGGGUUUCCUGGCUCAGGAGGGUAGGAUCAGAGUUUAAAUCUCCCAUUCAGGGGGAGAUGAGGGGAUAUCUCCUGCGUUAUUUCAGACCAUUUUAAGAGACAGAUUCUAAGCUUGACCCCCUGGUCCUCUUCUCAAAGCUUCUAAAGCCCCACGGAAUACCUCCUCUAAGUUCUGAGAGCAGUUAUAGUUCAGCCUUAAACUGCCUGCAACAAGCCUGGGAGGGUUAUUGAGGAAAGGGUGCUCUUUCUAUAGUCAAAAUACAGGGUUUGGCAACAAAACAUUUUUUUUCCAAGCCCAAUGAGGCUUUUUCAUGUUGUAAGGUACAUAGAGGGAGAGGGGCUGUAUGUGUCUAUGCCCACAGUAUGGAGCAGAUGUUGAAUUCAGUGCUUUGGCUGGCAGUGCUUUUUCCGCCAGGAACAUCAUGCAGAUCCCAUUACACACUUGACAGUUAUGAUGUUAGGACAUGUUAUGUGUUAGGACAACCCUAAUCCUCCCGCUUCCCUAUUACACCAAGCCCAACCCAGACGGGAGCUCGCUUGGAUUACUGUGUUGGUCAGGGACGUCCUCGCUGCAGGGAGGGUUGUUGGCAGGCCGACGGGCAGACGUUGCCAAGGUUACUCGAGGGCUUUCUGGUGGAUGUGUUUGUGUGUAUGUGUGUCUGGGUCAGAACUGAGCAUGGUUGGCGACGGACAGUGUUGUCGUGGCGUGGUCAAUCACAAUGCUCUGUUAAAAAAAUCUCUUUCCCAACAGGGUUGUAAUCACUACUCCCCUCUUGUUGUGCAGGGCGUUAGCCGCAUUGUGUUUUUUACACUGUUUAUAUUUUCUCUUGCAUGCUUGUUAUUUACUUUACCACAACCACCAGCCUAGUCAUUAAAAAUAAUAUGAUAUAUAUACUUUGUAAACUUUGUUUUAGAAAAUUAUGAUAUACAGCUUGGUCCAGAGCUAAGUAAAAUGAAAAUAAAAUUAUUAUUUGAAUACAUUUUUGACUGCAGUGGUGCAUGAAAAUCCCAGAAAACACUUUGUUUGUCUCUUUGCACGUCCGUUUUGGGAGGUGGCGAUAUCCUUAUUUUGUCCCUCUUCUUUCCAAGCACCGUGGUCGCUACCUUCUUCUCUCCUCCUGCAUUUUGUACAAGGAUGUAUUUAAUCCCUGAGCGCCGAAAGGAGUAACCUAUCGAGCUUUUGCUGGAGGAUGUUAUAAAUGAAAAUUUACACCAAGUUCCAUCAGCUUUAUAAUCAGGACGUGGCGAUAUGUGUUCCCUCAACCACAGCUACACCUAAUUUAUUGAUACCAUGAUUAAUACAAGCCUUACAGUUUAAUUGGUCAUGCAGUCCUUCACAGGACAUUUCUAGAAGUUUUGAGCCUGUUCUUCAAUAACGCAGAUGAAUAGAAUCACACUGAAAUGUUUAGACAUUUUGGUGGGGUUACUUUUAUAUUUACACUGACUAUGUCUUUGGUAGUGCUUAUUCUGAAAAAUACAGAAAUAAACAAUGACGAUUUUCCUCAGAAAUCUGUCCUUUCAUCAAGUUUUUUUCAGGCCCCCCUUUGAUUGUAUUGAAGGCUAAUGUUGAUACUAAUAUUAUUGUGUAUUUAACAUACACUGUUUUCUGUAAUGACUACUUAUGACUCUUUGAAAAUCUAACAUACAAAGGAACACACAUCACUUGUCCAGUUACAAAGAGAGAUAAAGGAAGCUAUAAAUUUUACAUUUACAAGAUCCUGCAACGAAGGCGUUGUAAGUUACUCAUUCUGGGCACCGCAGGUUCCAGCAGCACCGACGUUAAGGAAAACCGCAACCUGGACAACGUGGUCUCCUCCUCCAAGGAGGGGUUGGGGGGUGAGGGGGCAGCUCACCUCCCUAAUGGGGGCACUGCAGGUUGUGGAGGGGGCAGGAAGCGUCCCUUAGAAGAGGGUAAUAACGGGCAUCACAAUAACAAGUACAGGCCCAAGAAGCGUAAGAAAAUGCCCGGGCCCAUUCUGCCCAAAAAUGCCCUGAUGCAGCUGAAUGAGAUCAAGCCUGGACUGCAGUACAAGCUGCUGUCUCAGACCGGUCCGGUCCACGCGCCCGUGUUCGUCAUGACUGUCGAGGUCAAUGGGCAGCUGUUCGAGGGCUCCGGCCCCACCAAGAAGAAGGCUAAGCUCAACUCGGCUGAGAAGGCUCUGCGGUCGUUCGUUCAGUUCCCCAACGCCUCCGAGGCGCACAUGGCAAUGGGUCGGACGCUAACGGUCAACACAGACUUUACCUCCGACCAGGCUGACUUCCCGGACAUGUUGUUUAAUGGGUUUGAGACCCAGGCCCCUCCGGAGGAGUCUUUCUACCUGGGCUCUAACGGUACCAAUGGCUCCUUCAGCUCCCUGGGACUAGUAGAGUACCCCCUGCUAGCGAACUCAGGUACUACCGGCCUGAGUCAGUCCUCGUUAGGCCUACCACCCACCCCCUCCGUCCCAGCCUUUGUCUCCCCCGCUAUUGCCAAGAACCCUGUCAUGAUCCUCAACGAACUACGACCCGGGCUAAAGUACGACUUUGUGUCAGAGAGUGGAGAGAGCCACGCCAAGAACUUUGCCAUGUCCGUGGUGGUGGACACACAGACGUUCCAAGGCUCAGGGCGCAAUAAGAAGCUGGCCAAGGCCCGGGCGGCGCAGGCUGCUCUCUCUGCCCUCUUUAACAUGCAACUGGACCAGACACCGUCCAGACAGCCCAUACCCAGAGAGGGCCUGCAACUGCACCUGCCACAGGUUCUAGCUGAUGCUGUGUCCGGUCUGGUAGUUGACAAGUUCAGUGAGCUGACGGAUAACUUCACAUCCCCUCACGCACGACGGAAAGUCCUAGCAGGCAUUGUCAUGACAACAGGCACCGAUGUCAAGGAGGCACAAGUGAUCUGUGUUUCCACGGGGACCAAGUGUAUUAACGGCGAGUACAUGAGCGACCGCGGUCUGGCUUUGAAUGACUGCCAUGCUGAGAUCAUUGCUCGUCGUUCCCUCCUUAGGUACCUGUACGCACAGCUCGAACACUUCCUCAGUAACAACAGAGAGGAGCAGCAGAAGUCGAUAUUCACAAGGUGUGAGAACAAGCAGGGCUUCCGUCUAAAGGACAACGUGCAGUUCCACCUGUACAUCAGCACGUCGCCCUGCGGAGACGCACGCAUUUUCUCACCCCACGAGGCUGCCUUUGAGGAUCAGGGAGACAGGCACCCUAACAGGAAAGCUCGUGGUCAGCUGAGGACCAAGAUAGAGUCUGGGGAGGGGACCAUCCCUGUGAAAGUCAGUAACACCAUCCAGACCUGGGACGGUGUACUGCAGGGAGAGAGGCUGCUCACCAUGUCCUGCAGUGACAAGAUCGCCAGGUGGAACGUAGUUGGGAUCCAGGGCUCUCUGAUGUGUUACUUCACAGAGCCCAUCUACUUCUCCAGCAUUAUCCUGGGCAGCUUGUACCACGCAGACCACCUCUCCAGAGCCAUGUACCAGAGAAUCGCUGACAUUGAGGACCUGCCUCAGACGUUCAACCUCAACCGGCCACUUCUGAGCGGAAUAAGCAACGCAGAAGCACGGCAACCGGGUAAAGCUCCUAACUUCAGUGUGAACUGGGCUGUGGGAGACCAGGGGUUAGAGGUUAUCAACGCCAUGACAGGCAAGGACGACUUGGGACGGCCCUCGAGGCUCUGCAAGCACGCCCUCUACAGCCGCUGGGUGCGCCUAUACUGCAAGCUUUCACAGACUCUGAGAAUCAAAGGUGCCAAACCCAGCUUGUACCAUGACGCCAAACAGGCAGCGAUGGAGUACCAUGCUGCCAAGCAGACUCUGACCAAGGAGUUCCACAAGGCAGGACUGGGAGCCUGGGUCAAGAAGCCUAUCGAACAGGACCAGUUCUCACUCCAGUCCUGAGUGGAUUGUUUUCGUAGAAAUAGAAUGGCUGUGUUGUUCUAAAAUGUGUAUGGUUGUUGUCACGGGAGGAAGAGGAGGCUCAGAUGAAGAUACUACUCCUACCAGCUGUUUCGACUUUAUUUGUUCCGUGUGUGGAUGACGCUCACCCAACCCCUUGUUCCCUCUCCCGAUCACUCCACUUUUCACCGUUGAGACAUUGAAUUUGGUUGAAUUUUGUCUUGUUGUUUUUCCUCAAUGACUCACUGUAAAGCCUUGUUUUCAUUAUUGUUGGCGUCAACAGAAUGAUUGUUAUUGAUGUUUUGUUAGUUUAAUGUUGUUUAUUCCACUUACACUAGUAACCUAACACGUGACAUAUGACAGCUGUACAACUGGAAACCUGGGAUUUUUUAAACGGAUUUUGUUGAUUACAUUUUAUAAAUCAAUACAUGCAAAAAUCAACUGAAAUCAGUUGGCUAUCUACAGACAAACCUUGUCUACACUCACUGUAUGAUUAUGCCAAAUAUAUAGAAAGCGUUCAAGCUUACCUCCCAGUAGUGGUCAUAACAAUAACUAUUUUGCUGUCUUUUUCCUAAGUAUUAGUGUUGUGCCCGUUCCUCUUGUCUUGAAGGCUGAUGUCCUCUCUUGCACUUUUCAUGUGCAGUCUUUUCUUCGUUUCUGCUGUGAGAUGUAAAGCAUUGCACUGUCUGAGGACGAUAUGUUUGUUUGUUUUUGAAUAGUGAUAGAUACGUGUGUUUUUUGAUUCCAAAAAUUUGAUUGAGAAUGCUUUCUGAUAAUGACAUGUUUUAUCUAAGUCUAUCUGAAGUAGGCCUAAUUAACUGCUGAAAAAUAUUUGAUUCCUUUUUCCCUUUACAGUGAAUGGCAUAAAUUAUACUAAAGUGCAUAUGGCCUUUGAAACGUACAUUUUUAUGGAAAGAUAUUCUUGCAGCGCGGUUAUUUGCUAUGCAAUUGCAGAAUGGCUCACACUCUAGUGGUUGCCAGACAGAUGCAGUGGACUUUAUGUACUGCUUUUUAUUUGAACACACAGACAACAUUUUGCUAUCAUCAUGUAGCAUUUGUUGGGAGCUUGACAAAAAAAACGACUGAAAUUAUUUUAGCUCAUAUUUAGCCAUGACUGUUGAGGUAACUUGAGCUAAUUUUAUUUGUCUGUCAUCAUAAGCCUUACCUCACCAAAGAUUAUUUUUAUUUGCUUUUUAUUUCUUUAAUCUGUAAUGUUUGUUUGAACAAAGUUUCUGGUCACUUCAUUUUGAUUGCUGUGUUUUAUACUGCUCAAUGUCAUCUCUGUGGACUAUUUAUUUUAAAUGAAUUGAAAUGGAUCCUUGUUUUAAUGUAGCAAUUUAAAAGUAUGAAACUGUAGAUCAUUUUGACCUGUUCUGUGUCGUUUUUAACAAUUAACAUGUUACCAAAAAAAGAAAAUAUACCCAAAAUGUAUUUCUAACAGGCUCGGAAAUGUUCAUGUACAGUACUUUAUCUAAGUAUACUCAUUGGAAUCAGACAACUCUCGUGAAAAAGCCCAUUUUGUAAUUUUCCCCCCUUCUGUGUUGUCACACUUCUCAUCCGCACUUGGCAUGUUUUCUUAUUUGUUUAUUUUGAAUAGAGUUGUAAGAAUCCACAACAAUCAAGGCAAUUGCAGUUUUUGAAAGGGGACCAAGCACAACUUGUGAUGUUUAAAAAAAACAACAAAAAAAACACUUGAACUGCAUCAGUAGUGAAUGGCUGGUUAACCAUUGUGAAUAACUUUUGAUCACUCCCUCCCAACCUUUGGGUGCUAUGAGGGGUCUGCUCUACGUAUGUUUGCUUUCUCUGACCAAGUUUUGAGCGUUGACUGUGAACUUUGACCGGGUCUUUUGCCGUCCUGUAGUGGUUCAUGCACCGUUUGAUUGAUGUGCCCAGUCCACUGUAGUCUCUAGAAUAAGGACCCUAAUGCAUGAGCUCUCGCUAUAAAGCAUGAGGAAAAAAUCAAAUAAAACAAACCAGAUAAACAAAAAUCAUACAUGUAGAAAAUGAGAAAAGACCUAUAAAUGAGAAAUAUAAUAAACGGUAACAUAGGUA